UUAGUAAUAGCAUAAAGAAAAGCACCUCCAAGCGACAAUACUAUAGUAUUGGAGCUUCAGGUGUGUUGGACUGAGUGUUACGUUCCAUUGCCAGCCGUGCAUACGGUAUAAGUAUCCCGUUCAAGAUUAUCUCUCAAAGAAUGAGGCAAAAUAUUCGUCCAGUCCGCUUCGAAAUCGGUCUCACCACCGAUACCCCCACAACCUGCUCAGACUUGACAAAGAUUCUCAAUCGGCAGCUUCCAGGAGCGAACAAGAUUGCUGCUAUUUCCUCCUAUGGCAAGGCUGCUAUCCAUGACGCUGGUUCUACUAUUAAUAAUGAAACUGGGCGCUCCGCUAUGAAGCUCUGUCCGUCUCCCGGUACUGCUUCAAGUGGCGGCAACAACUCCUACCGGCUCGUAUCCGGCUGGAAUCAGUCAGACCAAGACAUGGAAGAUUGUGCACGCAUCUUCAAGCACGUGGAAAAAGCCAGUUCCAAAAAUGCGGUGGCUGCCCUGAACAAAGUGGUUGGACUUCGUGUUCAUGUGAUUGCACGUGGGAUGGAUUUCCCGGCGCUUGUCCGGCUUUGUCAGAACUUUUGCAAAUACGAGUCUGCCAUGGAUGUCUUGCUGCCUCAGUCACGUCGAACGGGAAGUCAUGCCAGCAACAAGUUUUUCCAGAGCAUCUCCGAGACUCUUGGGGGACAAGCAGCAGAAUCCACACUCAAGCACAAGCUGGAAAUGAUUGGCGCCUGCAGAAACACCGAGAGUCUUGUUGAAUUGGUCAACCCCCGUGGUUCUAGCUACAAGCUCAACCUGCGUCCAGUUAUUGCGCUGUCAACAAACAAUGCCACCGCCUCCUCGUCACCACCUUAUAUUGAGUUUCGGCAGCAUUCAUCCACCAGCAAUCCGCAAAAGAUGCAGGCAUGGGUUACCGUUUGCAAUGCCUUGCUGGAACGAGCCAUCUCCCACGGCAAAGCACCUCUUGCCUUCCAUGCGUCUCGAACCGUAGAUGAACAGGUGGAUACCUUCUUUUCUGUUGUUGUCAAGGAUCCCCAGUGCAAGACCUAUUUCGAAGAGCGCCGUGCAGCUUUGCAACGAGAAGGUCAAGACAACGCAGCUGCUUCUUCUACUACCAGCAGAGCUUCAUCCGACGCCACUGGGAAACCAACAAAGAAGCCCAAGACAACGGAAAUGGCAAAGGCGCAUGCCAAGGCAUCAAGGGAAGGCCAACGAAGAAACAAUGACAAUUCAUCAUCCAAGCUAUGUGGAUGCUGCUUCCAGGAACUCCCCAAGACAUUAGCCAAUGCCAAACAGACGUGCGCCUGUCAAGACAAUGGCCAUGUCUUUUGUGCUUCCUGUAUCCAGAGCUAUGCAAAGGAAGAAAUCUAUGGCAAUCACAAUGGAAAGUUGCUCUGUAUGGCACUUGGAGGCGACUGCAAGAGCGAACUAAACUCUCGACAACUAGAAGCAAUUCUGCCCAAGAAACACAAACUCAAACUGAAAGAGCUUCAAUUUGUGCGAAUGAGCGCUGAUACGCAAGGGCUUGUCAUGUGCGAGUGCCCCAAAUGUGGCUCGAGUGGAAUGAUUCCAAAGACCGAGAAAACUUUCUCGUGUCCUCUCGGGUCCUGUCGUUUUCAUUCUUGUCGCAGGUGUGCCGAAGAGGCUCAUCCUGGGCUCAAGUGCUCCCAAGUCGAGAAGCAGAACGUUCGAGAUGGGAGGACCCAGGUAGAGGAGGCCAUGUCGGGGGAACGUAUUCGGCAGUGUCCCAGCUGCCAUACUCGGAUCAUUCUUGGCGAAGGCUGCACGUGGAUCACAUGUACACAAUGCCGUCGAGGCUUCUGCUAUGCAUGUCGUGAUCCCCGUUGUACGAGCCACUACUGCAAUGGAAGGGUUCCUGAAAUGCAAGCUGUUCGGAAUGCCGGGGCUGCUGCCCUUUCCAGAGUUGCAGAUGACAAUGUUGGGCGAGAACUUGACGGCCUCGUGGAUCGCUUGACCUAAGAGCGACACUUAUGGUCUUGCUUCUUUUAAAAAGCAACAAGUCAAGAGCUCCUAGACACAGGCGUUCGUGAGCACUUGAGAUUUCUAUAGUAUGGAGUAAACACGUCGAGAGAAAGUGUAAAAGUUACUCUGAAAGAGACAGAGAUUUGUUUGUUCUUGGUUGGAGAGCUGGUACAAAGACGAUAUUGAUGUAUUUUUGGAAUGGGUGGAAGGUUCAGUGGAUGGUGCAUUGCGCUUGACUCGAGC